AUGUACUUGUACGUCAAUUGGUGGAGCUGGGCCUGCCGGAACCUCAACCCGUGCUUGUUUGGGUUUCAAGGUCCUGGUCGCCGCGUAUUUCUCGUCUUCAUCCCCGUUGACAUGGGAACAACAUCAUGGCCCGGGUCUUGUCCGCGUACACUAUGUACUCUAGAGACAGAGGCCAAGUCGGCGGCCGGCAGGUUCAGCUCGCUAGGCCCUGUCGGGAAGUUCCCCACUUCGGAUCGGCACUCUGGAUCUCGAGUCAAAUCCCCGGCGUCAAUGGCGACGCCCACCGCUCCACCAUCUUUCUCAUUCCCGGAGCACAGCACUACCACCUUCCCGAAGGAGAGUUUCGGCCUGCCUCAUCCAUCGAUUCUGUUGGGAGCCUUCGGGAGGCAAAUAUUGGAGCAGUACCUAAGCAGCAUUCAUUACAGUGGCACAGCGUUGAACAGCGCCGACCUAUCGCCGGGCAUCGGCAUCUACAGUACAGCGGCAUCCACCAUCACAGCCAACCGCCCGCUCCGGCUUACGGCGCAGCUUACCGCGGGUUUUAGCGUUCGUCAUUUGCUCCGCAUCGCGGUCGUUUGUCACGAUCAUUACAUGGCUUUGUAG